AUAGUCGAUCAUUAGAAAUUUCCUCAUGUGUUUGUUGACAUCGAAAACUUGGAUAUCAACACAAAAAUGCCUUUAAAAAGAAAGAUAGAUCAGCACAAUAGAUCUAAAUCUACCAAGAAAAAAGAGAAAGAUGAGAACACAAGUGAGACCAGUGGGGAAGAGAAAAGAGUGCAGUGUAUUUUCAAAUCUGAAAGUGGUGAAACUGAUGGAGCUCCUUUUGAACUUCCCAUAGACAUUAGCAAAGAGAAACUUCAACUCGUCUUUGAUGCAGUUAUACAGAAUGAAGACAAAGUCCCCUACUCUUUCUUUGUAAAUGGUGUAGAAAUCAGUGAGAGUCUCAUCAAGACUGUUGGUGAAGACGUUAUUCAAAAAACAGAAGCCACAAUUGAGAUAGUCUAUCAGCCGCAAGCAGUCUUUAGAGUCCGUGCUGUCACCCGCUGCACUAGCUCCCUUGAAGGUCAUGCAGAUGCUGUUUUGCAUGUAGCUUUCAGUCCAGAUGGCAGACAUUUAGCCAGUGGUUCAGGAGACACGACAGUGAGGUUAUGGGAUAUCAAUACAGAGACACCAGAGUUUCGUUGUAAAGGUCAUCAACAUUGGGUUUUAUUUCUCACCUGGUCUCCUGAUGGACGCAAGUUGGCUUCAGGCUGCAAGGGAGGGAAGAUUUGUCUAUGGAACCCUCAAACUGGGAAACAGAUAGCUCGGCCAUUAACAGGUCAUACAGACUAUAUAUCAACAUUGGCCUGGAAACCUUUACAUUUAGACUCAGAGUGUAGAUAUUUAGCUAGUUCAUCCAAGGAUCAAACCAUAAGAAUCUGGGACGUGAUAGCUUUUAAGACCCACAUCAUAAUAUCUGGCCAUAGUGGGCACAUUUCAUUUGUCAAGUGGGGCGGAUCAGAUUUGUUAUACUCUGCAUCACACGACAGGACCAUUAAAGUAUGGAGAGCAACGGAUGGUGUAUUUUGUCGUAACCUUGAAGGUCAUGGUCACUGGGUCAACACACUGGCACUGAGCACAGAUUAUGUCAUGAGAACAGGCGCUUUUGAGCCAGCAGACGCCAAAAUUGUACACCAACCAAUCACAGACACAGCUGAAGAGUUGUCCAGAAAAGCAAAAGAACGUUAUCUGUCCACAUUGGCCAUAGGCGGAGCUCAGGGAGGGAUGGAGAGACUCGUUUCCGGUUCCGAUGAUGCCACCAUGUUCCUAUGGAAACCUGAAGACAGCAAGAAGCCUGUGGCCAGGAUGACUGGCCACCAAAAACCAGUGAAUGAGGUCAAGUUCUCACCAGACACCAGGCUCAUCGCCUCAGCAUCUUUUGACAAGUUUGUGAAAUUAUGGGAUGGAUUCACUGGAGCGUUUGUGGCCACUCUGAGGGGUCAUGUGAACAUGGUGUACCAGGUCUCCUGGUCAGCAGACAGUCGGUUGUUGGUCAGUGGCAGCAAGGACUCAACUUUGAAAGUGUGGAAAGUGCAAGACAAAAGUCUUCUAGGUGACCUCCCUGGACAUGCUGAUGAGGUGUUUGCAGUAGACUGGAGUCCUGAUGGUCAACGCGUGGUCAGUGGUGGCAAAGACAAAGUUUUGAAAAUAUGGCGAGCUUGAGUCUGUAAUGUGAGGAAACAAAGUCUGAUGUCCAGAGAACUAGAAUGAUUGACAAGACAGAGAAUUUCAUCUCUUGUGUGUGUGUGUGUGUGCAUGUGUUUUGGAGGGGGGGGGGAGGUAAUCAUUACAAAAGCCAUGUUGAUGUAAAGCUAUGAAAUUAAAAUUUUACAACAUAAA